ACAGUGUGCGUCACAGAGGGCUGAUAGCAGGCUGGUCACAGCUCAGCUGCCUCUGCUGCUGCUGCUGUUGGAGGGAAACCACAGUGAGAAGGGAGGGCAGGGAGCUGCAGCCAUGGCCAGCCAGCAGGACUCAGGCUUCUUUGAAAUCAGCAUCAAGUCCCUGCUGAAGUCGUUGAGUGGAACCUCACCUGUGGGAAACGGAUACAAUAAACCUCCCAUCCCUCCAGUCAGCUGUCCUCAGGGAGAGAAAGGCCCUCCAGCCAUGAUGCCCAUCAGCAUCGAUCCAGAGAGCAGGCCAGGCGAGUACGUCCUCAAGAGUCUGUUCGCCAACUUCACCACCAUGUCUGAGCGCAAGAUCCGCAUCAUCAUGGCUGAGUCGCUGGAAAAGCCAUUAACAAAGUCUCUCCAGAGGGGAGAAGAUCCUCAGUUUGACCAAAUGAUAAGCACCAUGAGCUCAUUGGCUGAAUACAGUCUUCCCUCCAUCCUGCGCACUUUAUUUGACUGGUACAAAAGACAAAAUGGACUAGAGGAGGAGCUGCACAAGUACCAGCCCAGAGCCAACACAAAGUCCAAAAAUGAAGAGCAACAGAGAGAUUAUCUACUUGAACGAAGAGAUCUGGCCAUCGACUUCAUCUUUUCUCUUGUACUUAUAGAAGUUUUGAAACAGAUGCCGCUCUACCCAGUCCACGAUGGUUUAGUCAGUGAAGUCAUUAAUGUGGCCUUUAAGCACUUUAAAUAUAAAGAGGGAUAUCAUGGUCCAAACACUGGAAACAUGCACACUGUAGCAGAUCUCUACGCUGAAGUCAUCGGAGUAUUAGCCCAGUCCAAGUUUCCAGCUGUGAAGAAGAAGUUCAUGACUGAGCUGAAGGAGCUGCGGCAGAAAGAGCAGAGUCCUUACGUCGUGCAGAGCACCAUCAGCCUCAUCAUGGGGGUCAAGUUCUUCAGAGUUAAAAUGUAUCCCGUCGAGGAUUUUGAAGCUUCUUUUCAGUUCAUGCAGGAGUGUGCUCAAUACUUUCUAGAAGUCAAGGAUAAGGACAUUAAGCAUGCCCUGGCUGGCCUCUUUGUUGAGAUCCUGGUUCCUGUUGCAGCUGCGGUGAAGAACGAGGUGAACGUGCCCUGCCUGAGGAACUUUGUGGACAGCUUGUACGACACAACCCUGGACCUGUCCUCCAGAAAGAAGCACUCUCUGGCGUUUUAUCCUCUGGUGACGUGUCUGCUGUGUGUCAGCCAGAAACAGUUCUUCCUCAACAGAUGGCAUCUCUUCCUCAACAACUGCCUUUCAAAUCUGAAGAGUAGAGACCCAAAAAUGGCUCGAGUUGCUCUGGAGUCCUUAUAUCGACUGUUGUGGGUUUACAUGAUCAGAAUAAAGUGUGAGAGCAACACUACAACUCAGGGUCGACUGAACACCAUCAUAACAACGCUUUUCCCAAAGGGAUCUCGUAGUGUGGUACCAAGAGACAUGCCGCUCAACAUAUUCGUCAAAAUCAUUCAAUUUAUUGCUCAGGAAAGACUUGAUUUUGCCAUGAAAGAGAUCAUUUUUGACCUUUUGUCUGUUGGGAAACCAGCAAAAGCCUUCAGUCUUAAUCCUGAGAGGAUGAAUAUCGGGCUGAGAGCUUUCCUGGUCAUCGCCGACAAACUGCAGCAGAAGGACGGAGAGCCUCCCAUGCCGAACACUGGCUGUACUUUACCCUCAGGGAACACACUCCGGGUCAAGAAAACAUACCUGAGCAAAACCCUGACAGAUGAAGAGGCCAAAGUCAUCGGGAUGUCACAUUACUAUGUCUAUGUGCGGAAAGCUAUUGACUGCAUCCUCAGACACCUGGAUAAGGAGGUGGGGCGCUGCAUGAUGAUGACUAAUGCCCAAAUGUUGAAUAAGGAGCCUGAGGAUAUGAUCACAGGUGAAAGGAAGCCCAAGAUUGACUUGUUUAGGACGUGCGUUGCUGCCAUUCCUCGAAUUCUGCCUGAUGGGAUGUCCAAACCUGAGCUCAUCGACCUUCUUUCUAGACUGACGAUCCACAUGGACGACGAGCUUCGCCUCAUAGCCCAGAAUUCUUUGCAAAGCCUUCUGGUGGAUUUCUCGGACUGGCGCGACGACGUCCUGUUUGGAUUCAGUAACUUCUUGCUGCGGGAGGUCCAGGACACCCACCAAGGACUUUUAGAUAUGUCCCUCAAAUUACUGCAGCAGCUGCUCACACAGUGGAGACUAACACUGGCUACUCUGGGGAAGAGCCAUGAGCAUGUUAAAACUCACACCAUGGAGCUGCUGCAGUCCAGCUCGAGUCUGAAGAUGCCUGCAGAACGAGGUCCUCACUCCACGGCGCUGCAUGCUGUGGAAGGACUGGCUCUCGUUCUGCUCUGCUCCUGCCAGCUGAGCACCCGCAGACUUGCUGUCACUAUACUCAAAGAAAUCCGAAGCCUCUAUCUGACCAUUGGACAGUCUGAGGAUGAUGAUAAACCAAUGAUAGAGAUUAUGGAUCAGCUCAGCCCCGUCAUCGUGGAAAGUUUUGUUAAUGUUGCAGUUUCUGACACAGCCACGCUGCCAGCUGUUCACCAUGUGGACCUCCAGUGGCUCGUGGAGUGGAAUGCGCUGCUCGUCAACAGUCACUAUGACAUCAGGAGCCCCUCGCACGUGUGGCUCUUCGCCCAGUCUGUGAAGGACUCCUGGGCGCUGUGUUUUUACAGCCUCCUGCGAAGGGACAACCUGCCCAAACACUGCUCCACCGCGCUCAGCUACGCCUGGCCCUAUGCCUUCACUCGACUGCAGAUGCUCAUGCCCCUGGUGGACCCAAACAACCCAGUAUAUGCCAAGAAGACUGGCACCUCUGGGAGUGGGGACAAUUACAUAACCUUAUGGAGGAACUACCUGAUCCUUUGCUUUGGGGUGGCGAAGCCCAGUAUCAUGAGUCCUGGACAUCUGAGAGCAUCGACACCUGAGAUUGCGACUCCUUCUUCUGACAGCAGCCUCAGCCAUGAUAACAAGGUUAUUGGCAGCCCCUCAGUGGCUUGGCUUCUGAAGCAGUUGGUCCCACUAAUGAGGUUGGAGAGCCUUGAGACGACGGAGACAUUAGUUGUGGGAUUUGGUCGCACUAAUUCACUAGUAUUCAGGGAGCUUGUGGAGGAGUUGCAUCCCCUAAUGAAAGAGGCGUUAGAGAGACGACCUGAGAACAAGAAGCGGCGUGAGCGACGAGACCUGCUCCGGCUGCAGCUGCUGCGGAUCUUUGAGCUUUUGGCUGACGCCGGUGUCAUCAGUGACAGUACAAACGGAGCUCUGGAACGUGACACCCUUGCCCUUGGCGCUCUGUUCUUGGAAUAUGUGGAUCUGACUCGAAUGCACCUGGAAGCUGAAAAUGAUAAAGACACCGAGAUCCUUAAAGACAUCCGAGCUCACUUUAGUGCCAUGGUGGCCAACUUUAUCCAAUGUGUACCAGUGCACCACAGGCGCUUCCUGUUCCCACAGCAGAGUCUUCGGCAUCAUCUUUUCAUCCUCUUCAGCCAAUGGGCAGGUCCUUUCAGCGUCAUGUUCACCUCCUUGGAUCGCUACAGUGACAGACAUCACCAGAUCACAAGAUAUCAGUAUUGUGCACUAAAGGCCAUGUCUGCCGUGCUGUGCUGUGGGUCUGUCUUCGAUAACGUGGGCCUUUCUCAAGAUGGAUACCUGUACAAGUGGCUGGACAAUAUUUUAGCCUGCCAGGAUCAGCGGGUUCAUGAGCUUGGCUGUGAAGUCGUCAUCCUGCUGCUGGAGCUUAAUGCUGACCAGGUUAAUCUAAUCAACUGGGCUGUGGAUCGCUGCUACACAGGCUCCUACCAGCUCGCCUCAGGCUGCUUCAAAGCCAUCGCUACGGUCUUUGGCAGCAGCAAAAACUACCCAUGUGACAUUGUGACGUUGCUGAAUCUGGUGCUCUUCAAAGCAUCAAGCACCAGCAGGGAAAUCUACGAGAUUUCAAUGCAACUAAUGCAGAUCCUUGAAGUGAAGUUGUCCCUGUACUCUGAGAAGAUGGCAGAGGUAAAGCCAAGCAGUGUCCUACAUGGCACCCAUGGGCCUCUGCCACCCCUUUACAAUGUCUCGCUGCCUCAGCUCUCCAGUCAGCUGGCCAGGAUGUACCCUGAACUCACACUUCCUCUGUUCUCAGAGGUCAGCCAGAGGUUCCCCACCACCCAUUCAAACGGGAGGCAGAUCAUGCUAACAUACCUCUUGCCCUGGCUCAGUAACAUAGAGCUAGUGGAUAGCGGCUUGUUACUUCCAGUCUUCACUCCGUCCACCGCAAGCUACGACUCCUCGUGCCAGCUGACCAGCCCAGACUCAUCUCAUCCACUGAAGGGUGCUGGCUGGGGAUCCUUACAAGCCACAUCAAUGGUUCUCAAUAACCUCAUGUUCAUGACGGCUAAGUAUGGAGAUGAUCUGCCGGGAUAUGAGAUGGAAAACGCCUGGAAUGCUCUAGUCAGCAAUGAAAACUGGAGCAACAACUUGAGAACCAUGCUGCAGUUCUUUAUCAGUUUAUGUGGCGUCAGCAGUGACACCACCCUCCUCCCAUAUAUCAAGAAAGUGGUGAUCUAUCUCUGUCGAAAUAACACGAUACAAACCAUGGAGGAGUUGCUAUUUGAGUUGCAGCAAAUGGACCCAGUCAACCCUGUGGUGCAACACUGUGACAGCCCUCCUUUCUACCGCUUCACUGCCACAAGCAAAGCCUCUGCAGCAGCUUCAGGAACUACAUCAAGCAGCAACACUGUUGUCGCAGGCCAGGAAAGCUUUACAGACACAGAUGAUGCAAAGACCAAUAAAGAGAAUGAGGAGAGACUCGGUCAUAUGAGAGCACACAACCGUCUGGAGUCCCGAUACAGUAGCAGUUCAGGAGGGUCCUAUGAUGAAGAUAAAAGUGAACCUAUGCCUCCCUACGCUGACUGGCUGACGGCUGUAAUUGAGACCAACAAGCCACACCCUCUGCCCAUGCCUCUCAGUGGAGGAUGCUGGGCUCCUCUGGUGGACUUUUUACCAGAAACCACCACUCCCAGAGGACCACUACACAGGUGUAACAUUGCAGUGAUCUUCAUGACUGAGAUGGUGGUUGACCACAGUGUGAGAGAGGACUGGACCCUGCACCUGCCUUUACUGCUCCACGCUCUAUUUUUGGGUAUGGAUCACUACCGCCCAGAAGUGUUUGAGCACAGCAAACGUCUCCUCCUCCACCUGCUCAUCACGUUGAUCUGUAACAACAACUUUCAGGCCAUCGCAUCCGUUUUACUGCAGACACAGGAAGUCCAUGGAGCUAAGACUCUCACCUGCAAGCCAAACCCGGAAAGUUCACCUACUGGGAGCUUUGACUUCCUGCGGGAGUGUCAGGCGUCUCCGGUUCCAGACUCUGGGCUCAGCUCUUCAUCGACAUCGUCCAGUCUGAGCCUGGGGGGGAGCAGCAACAACUUGCCUGAGAUCACACAGGAGAUGGAGGAGUUUGUGGACCCCACAAACAUAAAUGAAAAGGCAAACAAGCUCAUUGAGUUUUUAGUUACAAGACCAUAUGGACCGCUGUGGUGCCACGAAGACAUUUCACCAAAGAACCAAAUCUCAAAAAGCACCGAACAGUUGACGAACUUCCUGCGACAUGUGAUUUCUGUGUUUAAAGAGUCCAAGUCAGAUUUCCAUCUGGAGCAGCAGCUCAGCGAGGUGGCUCUGCAGACGGCCUUGUGCAGCUCAUCUCGCCACUACGCCGGUCGCUCCUUCCAGCUGUUCCGAGCUCUUCAUCAGCCGAUUUCUGCGCAUGCUGUGUCCGACCUCCUGUCAAGGCUGGUGGAAGUUAUCGGAGAACACGGAGAAGAAGUGCAGGGCUAUGUGAUGGAAGUGUUACUCACUCUGGAAUCUGUGGUGGACAACUUGGCUGAGUGUUUGAAGAACAACGAUCUCAUGGUAUUCUUAACAAGAGCCGCAUCUCCAAAUUUCCUCACCAGUUUCAAGCAGCAGUCCAACAGGAAGAGCACAGGGCAACUGGGCCUGAGAAGAGAGGAGAAGAGCAGGCAUCACAGGAGCUCUUCUGUCCCCAAAAAGUUUGGAGAAGCUGACCGGUGUUCAGAUCCACCCCGCAGUGCCACACUGGAUCGUAUCCAAGCCUGUGAGCAGCAGGCUCUCUUAGCCAAGAUGAGCAGUUCAUCCUUCUCAAAGGACAACGUCACCGACCCGCUGAGCAUCAACCACCCCAGCAACCUGCUAGCCACCAUCUUCUGGGUGGCGGUGUCACUCAUGGAGUCAGACUUUGAGUUUGAGUAUCAGAUGUCUUUAAGGCUGAUGAAUAAGUUGAUGGCAAACAUGUCGCUGGACAAACCGGAGAACAGGGAGCGGCUGGAGAAGCUGCAGAGCCAGCUGAAGUGGAGCAGCUUCACUGGGCUUCAGCAGCUGUUGCUGAAGGGCUUUACCUCCGUGUCCACCACUGACCUCACACUGCAGCUCUUUUGCCAGCUCACGCCUGUGUCCAGAGUCCCUGUGGUGGACACGUCCCAAGCCAUUGGUUUUCCCUUGAACGUUCUCUGCCUGCUCCCACAUCUUGUGCAGAACUUUGAUGCACCUACAGCGUUUUGUCAAGCUGCUGCAGAGAAGAUAGCUCAGGUUUGCCUCGAGGAGAAGAAUUCCAAGCUGUCCAACCUGGCUCAUGUCAUGACUCUGUAUAAAACACACUCUUAUACACGAGACUGCUUCUCUUGGGUCAACGUGGUGUGUCGGUAUCUUCAUGAAGCUUUCUCAGACAUCACGCUGAGUCUGGUCACUUACAUGGCAGAGCUGCUAGAGAAAGGUCUCCCCAGUAUGCAGCAGACACUUUUACAAAUCAUCUACAGCCUCCUGAGUCACAUGGAGCUGAGCGACGUUCAAGCCAAACCCUUCAACAUGGAGGUCCUCAAGACAAUAGAGAAGUUUGUCCAAACUGUCCAUUGGCGGGAGGCACUGAAUAUCCUGAAAAUGGUGGUUUCUCGAUCGGCCAGUUUGGUGCAGCCUUCGUCCCAGAGUGACCUGCCUUAUGAGGACAUCAGCCGCAUCUGGGACUGCUCCUCCAAGGCCCUGCCUGGGAAAACUCUGGAUUUCCACUUUGAUAUAUCUGAAACACCAGUGAUCGGUCGGCGUUUCGAUGAUCUGCAGCGCUCGCCAGGCCAUGACACAAAGAGCGUCACAACGGCAGUGACCCACAGCACCUCCUCCACCUCCUCUGGAUUCACCUCCACCAACGUCCUGGUGCCAGUCAGCUGGAAGAGGCCUCAGUCUUCGCAGAAAAGAACAAGAGAAAAACUGGUGCAUGUUUUAUCUCUGUGUGGACAAGAAGUGGGACUCACAAAAAACCCUUCGGUCAUCUUUUCCAGCUGUGGGGAACUGGACCUCAUGGAGCACCAGCCCAGCCUGGUGUCCUCUGACGAGGGGACCCGGGAACUGGAGAACACAGACGACACCACCUCGGAGCAGCAGUUCAGAGUCUUCAGAGACUUUGACUUUCUGGAUGUUGAGCUUGAAGAUGGAGAGGGAGAGACUGUGGACAACUUUAAUUGGGGUGUGCGUCGGCGCUCUGUGGACAGUUUGGACCAAAGUGACCUGCAGUUUCUGGACAACUGCCUGCUGUCCAGCAUUACGCCCAGCUUCAGCAAGGCUGUUCAUGAAGACUCAGAUGAGUCCUCUGAGGAGGAUUCCCUCACCGUCAGUCAGAUACUCUCUCAUUCUCAGCUCAGUAUCAACCUAUCUCCAACAGCAGAGAUCAGUAGCAUGGACACCUCCUAUGGCAUUUUUGACCAAACGUCAGCAGAUUCAACUCCUCUGAGCACCAAAAAUCCCAGUUUCGAGGUCCAAGUGUCAGAGGACUCGAAGCAGCGGAAUGAGGACUCAAAAGAUGAUGACGACAACAGUGUCCAAGAGGAAGAAAUCUCUCUCUGCAUCAGUGAACUGCCUCCUGAAUGUCAAUGUGGGGACAGUUUGUCCAGUUUGGUUGAAAAUGGUGACAAAGCAGGGCCAGAUGUUGACAUCUGUUUACCCAGUCUUGCGGAGGAGGACAGAGAUGACAUGCUGGACUCGAGCUCCUCGCCCCCGCCGUUGCCCUUCUUCUCGGCCAUUCUUGCCGCUUUCCAACCAGCAGUGUGUGACGACGCAGAGGAGGCCUGGCGGAGUCACAUCAACCAGCUCGUCUGCGAUGCAGAUGGCUCCUGUGCAGUCUACACGUUUCAAGUGUUUUCUUCACUCUUUCAGAGUAUCCAAACUAAGUUUUGCUCCCUGACCUGCGAUGCUGUGAAUUAUCUGGGGGACGGCUUGAGAGGAAUAGGAUCAAAGUUCCUGAGGUCUUCAGAGAUGCUGGCUUCAUGCUCAGAGUGCCCAACUCUACUCAUUGAUACUGACACAAUUAUGUCUUAUGGACUUCUGGAGAAAAUGAAAUUCAGUGUGUUGGAAAUUCAAGAGUAUCUGGAUAGUUACAUCAACAGAAAGGAGGCGGCUCUCACUUGGUUGAACAGCUGUAAGACCACUUUUCCCAUCAAUACAGUAGACACGGUGACGACAUGCCAACCAACGGAGAUGGAAGAAAAGCAACUGGAGCUCUGUCAGAGACUCUACAAACUCCACUUUCAGCUGUUGCUGCUUUUUCAGUCCUACUGUAAACUGAUUGAACAGGUCCAUGCAAUAAGCUUGUUUCCAGAGCUCACAGAUAUGUCCGGUGAACUAAAUGAACUGAGGAACAACCUGAGGGUAGCAGCAGCCUCGGUGAAGAACGAUGACACUUCUGCCUGUGAGAGUUCCUGCUCGGAGACCGUCCUGAGCUCCUCUGAAGCUGCAGUGCAGGCCAUCCUGGAGGCUCUAAAGAACAAUGAGUUUCUAAAAGCCAUUCACUACAUUCGGGAAUGCAGAACAUUGUGGCCAAGCGACAUCUUCGGCAGCCCCUCUGAGGAUGAGAUCCAAACGUUACUGAGCAUUUACUUCAGACAUCAGACUUUGGGUCAAACGGGAACAUUUGCUUUGGUGGGCUCAAAGCAGGACCUGACGGAAAUCUCUGUCAAGCUGAUGGAACUUAACGGGGAGACUCGGGACAUGAUCCGACGAGCACAGGGCUACAAAGCCGUCACAGCUUUUCUCCCUGAUUCCAGGGUUUCAGGCUCAACUCUCUGAUGUUGGUGUGGCGGUUCGUGGCACUUGCAGCUGUGCACUCCAGACUUGUCUGAGGCAGCUCUUUCAUUUCAUUUUUUUUUUUUUUUUUUUACCAAAAUCUCCAUUUCCUGAGAAGAACCAAACCCUUUUCUCCAGCUUCUGUCUCACAGUAUCUCAAUGUCUUGAAGUCCAUGUUAAACA